CUAAACGUGAAAGAGGUUACGCUGAUACUUUCAUCACCCACGUUUUACUCAAAUUCAGUGGUUACAGAACCUAGAACAAGUACAGCGAAAUGUCCAAAAUGAAGUCAAUCGUUAGGCAUUGCCAGUAGUUGAUUGCAAUUGAGUGGCAGAGUAGCUGUGUAGCCUGCUAAUGCGGCAUAUAUAGAGGAGACCCCCCCGAUGGAAGCAAUGUCCUUUAUUCCACGAAGCAUUUGUGAUAUUACUUAUGUCCUACUUACAGAGCCUGUUGUAACGUGUAUAAUACGCUUUUUAGCUAGGGAUUUGGUUGUCUAUCUGUGAUGAACGAUCUAAGCAGGCCGUACCGCUCGUCCAUCGGGCCCAACUGAACUCGCCCAGGCCUUAGGUGGACCCGAGCAAUCCUGCUGCUGCUGCUGGCAACGGAGCGGCAGUACAGACAGCGGGAGCCGAGGAACUGUACUGAAUGUAAUACCUUGUAAUGAUUGCAUACUGUACUGAAUGCCCCAGUAGUGCGAAAGCCUAGAGGCCACUUAUUACGUACAUGCCUUACGGCUUAUAGCUAACAUCUACCGCCGCUUUUAUGCCUUUCAUGUUAGUUUCCAAAUUAGCCCGACUUCCACCUGCAUAACACCCAAACCUGUACAACGACUUCAAUGGCAACCGUUGUCACUGUUAAUUGAGCUAGGAUGUUGUUGACGCGAGCUUUACUAUCCGGAUGCCGUCGAUUCCGCAACGUCUUGCGAAGAGGACAUGGAGAGUAUGAGCUUAGGUCUUACCAAUGGUACCAAUACCAUACCAGCGGCCUUAGGCCUCCAAUUCCUGUGCCCCCUACACCUGAGUCGGUGUUGACAGCGCCCUUAGCGUCUGCACUUGCCAUUAGAGAAGCUCUUCAGCAGUGCAGGCAAACCUCCACAGCCACCAGCAGCAGUAGCCAACGGGUCGCACCUGGAUGCGGGCUCAGGGCAGCUGAAAGUAGCGGUGGCCAUGAGGAGGCUGGCAGGCGCUUGGGACCACAGAUCUCCGCCACCACCGCAAGCAGUGACAGCAGCAGCAGCAGAAUGGUCACACCCGGACCAAGACUCGGGUCAGCUGGCAAUGGCAGCGGCCUUGAGAUGGAAGCGCAGGCAGGGGGCAGGGGCAUGGGACCCGAUCACAGUAAGGGCAACCUGACUGUUAACUGUCCUGACAUCACCGACCUGCCCACCUUAGUCACCGUUAUUGAGGACAAGCUGCCGGCCUGGGCUGCAGCUGGAGACAUGGCCAGUCUUCGGGAUGCCUUCCUCUCCCUUGCCAAGCUGGGCUCCCAUGGCAAUGCUGAUACCCGGCUGCUGCCCCGCGCCCUCACCACCCUGGCAGCCGCCUACCUGCCACUGGUGCCGGGACUGAGGGACGCAUUCUCGUGUGUGGGCCCGCUGUAUGCCUGUGCCAAGCUGGGCUUCUGGGAGGGGCAGCUGGCGGCAGCACUGCUGGAGCGGCUGGGGCGGGAUGGCGGGGAGCUGAUGCAGCGGGCAGAUGGGGAAGGGCACGGCAAACUGUGGUGGUCAGUGUCUACAGCACCUCAGGAGCUCAUAGCUCUAGCAGGUGGAGCCCUGCACACAAGCGCUACCUGCCUGGAGCAAAUGCGGCCUUCAGAACUCAGCUCGAAAGUCUGCUCCAACAUCCUGCUGGCGUGUGCCCGGUUGCAGCGCCGCCACGACCCCCUGCUGCACCACCUGACCGCCUGCCUGGUACAGCUGCCUGACGCCGACCGACAAGCCCUGGCCAACUCGCUGUAUGCGCUGGGUGAGCUGGCUGAGGGCUGCGGCCACAAGCCCCGGGAGCAGGACUUGGAGCGCCUGGGGGGUAGGGUACUCGAGCGAAUGCAACAGCAGCAGGGCAGCGGGCGUCAAGAUGGCAGCCAUGGCGACCUGGAAAGCUUCAAGCCGCAAGAGCUGUCCAACAUGCUGCUGGGGUGUGCCAAGCUCGGCUUCUCCAACCCCGACCUCCUCCACUCAUUGACGGCUGCACUUGUAUGCAGAAACCAGCGACUGAAGGAACAGGACCUGGCCAACACAAUCCAUGCGCUGGGCAAGUUAGCGAAGGACUGCGGCCACAAGCCCCGGGAGCAGGACCUGCAGCGCCUGGGCAGUAAAGUCCACAGGCGACUGAAGCGGCUUGAUGACGGGCGUCAGGAUGGCAGCCAUGGCAACAGUA